AUGGUUACAGAGCACUGGUUCUGUAGGGAAAUGAAUCGAGCAGACCAACUUAUUAUGGCCAUUCCAGAUGACGCUGCGUCCAAACUAUGGGGUGUUGACAAAGGCCCUACUAAUGUUAUGAUACACACUGAAGAUGGCUGUGUCUUUAAUGUUUUUUUAAGCGCUUCUAAAGGGAAGAUAUUUUUUUUUCAUGGACAUUCUCAAUGUACUUUGCCGAAAAGUUACGAUUAUUCCUCAAAUGAUGUAACCUCUACUGUAAUGAUAGACAACAAAACAUUUAACAUUUCCAUUGUAACAUCUGACGGUAAAGUCGGUUUUACCGUUGUUUUUGGAAAAAACGGUGUUGAAAUCAAUUAUCCUGAUUUAGAUGCUGAUGAGGUUGAAGUUGCACCCUUAGAUGCUGAAAAUGAACUUGAUGAACACAUAGAUGGUGGUGUUACUCGGUUUGUUUGUAUGGUUGGUGAAGAUUAUUUUAGAAUCCCUGAUCAUGUUUCACGCAAGGCUAAACUUCAUGAAGGUUUAAAAGAUUUGACCAUAAGAUUUUUGCAUAUGGAUCCGCCACUGCAGAUUACCAACGGUACAAGACGUGAAAAAAGAACCAACGGUCGUGGUUAUCGAUACGCUUUAACAUGUUGGAAGAAGUUCAUGAAAGCCGCUCGAAUUAAGGUCCGUGACCAGGUUCACUAUUCUUUUGAUGAAAAUGAGCAGGGCACGAAAAUGCAGGCCUUUGUUUUACAGAAAAACACUACUGGUUAUGAGCAUUUGCUGCUGAAAGAAAAUCAAUGUUUAACUAUUCGUAACCCUUCGAUGGGUGAAAAUCGUCAAAAAGUCAAAUAUGUUCAUAGUUCGUUCAAGAUCAAUCUAAAUGCCAACACUACUGUCCAAGAAUGCAACGAGCCUGUUGGUGCUGAAUGGGGAUUUGACUUUUCUCCAUUUGAUUCUAUUAUGGAUGACCCUCAUGAUGAUAGCAAGUCUUUCAAAAGCCCGAUUGAUGUUAUCGGUUUUGUGGUCAAGUGUCUUCCGUCAGAUGAUAAGAGUGAUAAUAAUAACGGCAAAGACGAGAAGAAGACAACCUUUAUUUUGGAAGAUUUGCAACACCAUCAGAUUUACGUCACGUUAUGGGGUUGUUAUGCUGAUCAGAUUUUAGAUUUUGAGAAGAACAAUAAGGAUGAAAAGCAUGUUGUGGUUGUUGUUCAGUUUGGGAAGAACAGAUUUUGGGGAGAUUUAUCGAGAAACUUUCUCCCGAAAUUUCUUCCAGUUAGUUAUUCUGGCUUAAGUUCUUCUGUUGUGAAGACUGUCACUGAAGAGUUCCUAUCUGACUUGACUUUUUAUCCCAUUGGGUCGUUAAACUCAAUAGAUACGACGAAGUUUGUUGUCAUUGUUGGGACUAUCAAGAGUUUUGCAUCGAACAAUGAGUGGUUUUACAACCCGUGCACAACCUGCAACAAAAAGGUUUCAACAAUUACUGUUGUUAAACAGAAGCAGGAUGGUACUGAUGGUGUUGAAGAGGUUACUGUCUUGGAAUGCAAGACUGAUGUUUGUAAUACAAAGAACGUUUCAUCAGUUCCAAGAAUUAGGCUUUAUAUACGUGUGCAAGAUUGUACUGGUAUUGUUAGUCUGACAUUGUUUGAGCGUGAGGUGACAAAGCUUUUGAAGGUUAAUGCUAAUCAGCUUUUAGACAACAACAUUGAAUUAGCAAACGAAGGAAGCUUUCCAAAGGAGCUAAAUUCUUUACUCAAUAUGAAGUUUGCGUUCAAGAUUGCUGUUUCUUCUUUUAACAUUAGCAAGAAGUCUGAUGGCUACUCAGUCUCCAAGAUGACUAAUAACCCGGUCGUUUUAUCCGAGCUUGAUAAACAUUUUGACACUAUUCAGCCUAUUGAUGACGAAGCCGUCAAUGUCGAACCAUCCGAUUCAAAUCGUAAUGAAGAUUUGCCUGUUAAGGAUUCUAUAUCCCAAACGGGAGACGAUGUAACCCCUUGCUCGAAUGUUUUUAAAGUUGGCUUUACAACAUCGUUUGAUCAGAAGGAUGCUGACUUGGAUACGAACAGCGAACAUGACUUGAAGCGCAAUUUGGAUACCGUGUAUGACGUGGAUGAUGUUUCUUCCCAGUCUUCAUCAAAGAUGCGUAAAGACAGUGUUGUCGAUGAAGUUCUUCUGAUUCCAAAGAAAGAAGCUUAGUAAUCUAUAAUUCAAACAUUUGAUAUCAUCGUUUGUUUUGGUUUCAUUAUUUGGAUAUUUUUUUGGGUAUUUUUCGAAAUUUGAUAAUGAUUUGACUCUUGUGGUUAAUUUAUAUGAACGUGAUUGUUUCGUUGUUUA